CAGAUUUCAAUAGAUACAGAUUUCAUAUAGUGCGAGGGAUGUUUGACAAGUCUGUAAUAAAUUACAUUUAUUUAGGGGUAAGUCUUAAAAUGGACUUUCAAUUUAUAAUUUAAUUAAAUUAUCACAAAUAUUUAUAGUGCUGUAGUAAAAUCAAAAACAUUAUACAUGUCCAGGGGCGGUUUCUCCAUUUGUCACUUGUAUUCGACCUAAAUUGUACCGUUGUUUCCACAGGAGGGUGAUGCACAUCAGGUGAGAUUAAAAAUCAUCGGCGAGGAGCACUGUUAGUUCAACAGGGGACAAAACGAGGUCAAGAAUAACACCCCUUGUGUUGAAGACACUGUUGAACUCAAAGAUGUUGUACAACGUACAUAUAUUCAAGAAUAUUUCAAUAGCACCUGCUUCAGCCAAUGAAGAUGUGGGAUAAGAAGUAGCUGAAGAACAGAAAUCUUCAAUUUCCCAUAUUUCUGUAGGUAGAUUAUGUUCUCCAAACAGGUAAAACUGACUGUCUGGAUAUUUUUCAGUUGAUCAUAAUGAAGUUGAUAUAGGUUAGGAUAAGAUUUGGGAGGAAUGUAUAUGGUACCUAAGAUGUGUUUUCCCUUACUUUGAUCCAGGUGAAUAAAUUGUUGCUCAAUUGAUCGGUUUGAGUUGAUAAUAGUUGAAGAUAAUGCUUUCCUAACGGAUAUUAAAACACCAACUCAUCUGUUAAAGAUGCUUGUCUGGGAUGUAAGAUCCUGUCUGUAGAUAUUGUAAUUGUUUAGGCCAAGUUUAACAUCGUUGAUCUCAUCAGUGAAUCAUGUUUCCAUAAGAAUAAUUAGAUCGUAUGAACAGUUUGAGACAUUAAGAAUUAAAUGAGAUAGUUUGGUUCGAAGGUUUCUUACAUAUUGAUAAUAAAUAUAAAGCUUCAACAAGUCAGAUAAAAACGUCACUGUCAGAGUCGAAUUUUUAUCUGGGUGCUGAUAUUUUCUGCGUUUUUGGCUAGAAAAACCUUUAUAAUCGGUUUUAUUUAUUUGGGAUCCUUUCUCUAUAGUUUCAUUGCUAAGCCGAUUAUAGUUUCUGAUUACUGAGAAGGAAAUUUCCCUAAACUAUGGGGGAGGAAAUUGGCGGCGACAAGCCGCCCGAGUUGGUACUUGCCACUAUUAUCUACACCGUCAACGCUGGCUUGAUCCUGGACCACAAACCAGCAGUCAUAGUAUCUCAUGGAGCUACUUCACACCAAAACAGUAACUCUCUCGCAAUACAUCCAGUACCCGUCGUAGCACACAAAGCAGUUGCAGUACACGCAGUUCACGCCCCAAUUAUAGCUCACCCUGUAGCAGUACACCACGCACCAAUCGCUAUCGCGCACGCUCCUGCCAUAUCCCACGCUGCCGUCGUACAUCAUCCAGUCGCCAUUGGAAUUCAUCAUUAGGGUUUUAAGAAAUUGACGAAGAUGAGCAACAAUUUAUUUAUUUUUGUAUAUUUUUAUAAGUAAUAUAUUAUUUUUAUGG